CUCAUGGAGCUCGGGAGGAGGGCUCCGUGCUUAUCAUCGACACCAACCGGGACACUGAAUGUUAUUUUAUCAGCAUUUACGCGUGCAUGUGAGCAUACACUGUGCGUUUGGUUUGAUUUAGAUGUUGUUUCUUAUUUAGACUGACGGAUAAUUGGAUGGGUUAAAGUUCGUUUGCUUUUGUCGGAGAUCGGGAGCCAGAUGAUGCUUGGUUACUCAGAGUUUAUUUUCCCUUCUGUUAGCUCUAUGAGAGACUGCUAUGCUGCACCAAGCUCAUCCGAUGACUCUCUACGCUCCCAACUACUCAGGGUGCCAAGCUUCUCCUGACGUAGGAGCUCCUCUGUAGGCCUGUUACUGCCACCCAGCAGCCAUGGACCCCCUCCCGGAGUAUUCUGUGUUCCUGGUGCGGAUCCUGGAUGAGCUGGACACCAAGCACAAGACCAUGUCCUACCAGGACCUGUGUAAGUCCCUAUGCGCUCGCUUCGACCUGGUUCAACUGGCCAAGCUCCGCAGCCUGCUCUUCUACACAGCCUGCCUGGACCCCGCCUUCCCAGCCACCCUCUUCAAGGACAAGAUGCGCUGCUCUAUGGAGGACCCGCAAUCCAAGAAGCUCAUAGUGGCGGCAGACAUCGUCACCAUGUUCAACUUGAUCCAGAUGAACGGAGGCAUAGCGAAAGACAAGCUCCCUAUAGUGCAUAGACACAAGUUCCACAAAAACCAGUCGUUGGAGCUGUGCAGAUCUGACGAUGACUCCUAUAAGUUUCAGAACUGUGACAGGGGGCUUGGUUAUGAGCACAUGGAUCAACCCAGAGAUGGACACCAUCACCACCACCACCAUCCCCGCCCCCAGCAGCACUCUGUGCCUCAGAGCGCCACUCCCUGUCCUAAAUCAUCUGAAUGCAACAACUGCCAGCCGUUUAUUCCCACCUCGGACCCUAAUUUCCUUCUGGGUGUCAACAAGGACCUGAAAUGUAGAGCAGCCUCUCUGGACAAGCUGCACCAUUUGCCCCAGUACUCCAGCGGCAGUCCGCACUCCCCACCCUGUGAAAUGCAGAGCACCUACUUUCCCAUGGACAUCGACAGUGAGUCGACCACCGACCAGGAGUCCCUGCAGCACAUCGGCCACCCCGAGCCCUUCUCUGUUCACUCCUCCAUCCAGAAGAGGAACGUCUUUAAGGAGGACUUCCACAACGUUGUGGCCUUCUCCCCACAGGUGAUCACUGCUAAAGGCAAGCAGGGCAGUAAGGCCGCUGAAAGCUACCACCGGAAGGAGCUGCACAAGCCUACUACCUUCUUCAACCACAGCUUUGAACUGCCCUACAGUAACCCCUACUUUGAGCCGACACUCAACUCCCCUCUACAGGACAGGCGGAGGGUAAAGCAUGAGAGCCUGGACGACUUACAGGCAUCCACAUACUUUGGUCCGACCACAGUCUCCGAGUGCGUCAGCAGCAGGAAGCACAAUAACAAAGCAGGGAAGCAUCCGCCAUGGCCGGUGAAGAGCCUCAGUCUCAACACAGAAGAGAGGCCUCCAGAACUGGAGAGAUCAUUUCUGAACAGCAAACCACUCAAAGAAACCUUCCAUCGCAAUGUCCCCAUCAGAAGAACUGACAACGAGCAGCAUUUUCAGAGCCCAAAGGAAAAGGUUGUUGCUUCUCCCUCUGGCUUUGCAAAGAAAAGUGACGGAAUAAAAAACAAGGAUGUAGCCUUGAUGGCAAGUGGGCUUUCGGGUUUAGAGAAAAGGGAAGCAGCCAAAAGGUUUAGGGACAAAAAUAUGAACAGUCCAUCCUUUCAGGGAGGGGACAGCUCCUCUAGUGUUGGGACUCAAACAGAGCAGGCUGAGAAGAAGAAGGGGAAGGAAUACCCAGCAAAGUACAGUGACAGAGAAAGGCACGCUUUCAAACACUGUGAUGAGGACUCUGAGAUCAUUAGUGAUGACAUCAGUGACAUUUUUCGUUUUCUGGAUGAUAUGAGUGUUUGUGACUCUCUGGGCGUUGUCCAAUCGUCAUGCUACAACAGUAAUGGCUCUCUCUCUCAGGUAACGCUGAAGUCUGAGGGCGACAGCUCCCCUGAACGCAACACGGUCAAACUAGCCAAGUCAAAGCUGGACCGCCUCUUCCAUUCGCUGGAAAACACAGACGAUGAGCUCAAAUCAAGUGUGUGCAAGUUGGUUAUGAGGAUUGGUGAGAUUGAGAAGAAGUUGGAGUCUCUGUCGGGGGUCCGCAGUGAGAUCUCCCAGGUGCUUUCCAAACUCAACAAGCUGGACGAGAAGAUCCAGGAGCCUGAGGCCAAUGGGAAACGCGGGGAGACGGCGUCUGCAUCCGGGUCCAAUGCUACACCUGACGAGCCACACCCCCAUCCUCAUCCACAUCUCCAUACUGCCCUCUCACCCCAUGUUUUCCAGUGCCACACCACCGGUCACAAUGUAAAAAUGGACAAUGGCCCUUCAGAGGAGUGGUGCUGCUUAGAUGGGAGUAACAGCGAUAGCCUCAGGGUAAAAGCUCUGAGAAAGAGCAUGUUCACCAGGAGGUCGUCCCGCUCGCUGAACGAGGAGAACAGUGCCACUGAGUCAAAGGUUGCCAGCAUCACCUACUCUCCACGGGACUGGAGGACAGUCUCCUACUCCUGCCACCCUGGAGAUGAGGGCAAGGACAAGGACAAGGACAGGCAGCGGAAAGCCAAAGAGGUAGAACGAGAGCAUCAAUACGAGCUCCCCCAAACCCAUCGUCCACCUAAACCGCAGAAGGAGUCUUACCUGAGCGAGCAGGUUUUCUCACCGCAUCCCUUCACCCCCUCCAUUAAGGCCCAUGUGAAAGGCAGCCCCCUGUACACAGACUUGAGGCUCACCAGCCUGUCAGAUGGCAAGCACAACCAGGCGUCCUGGACUAUCGAGGAGUAUAAACGCAACUCAGGAGAGAAGGGAAAACAGCUCACAGCUCUGGACCUGCAGACACAGGAGACCCUAAACCCCAAUAACCUGGAGUACUGGAUGGAGGAUAUCUACACACCAGGCUAUGACUCGCUGCUCAAGAGGAAAGAGGCAGAGUUCAGGAGGGCUAAGGUGUGUAAGAUCGGAGCGCUGAUUGCAGCAGCUACCUGCACUGUGAUCCUGGUCAUCGUUGUUCCAAUUUGCACCAUGAAAACAUGAGACUACGAGGAUGCAGUGGCCCUGCCUAAUGGAUGAUAAACUUUUACUGCUGUCCUUUUCUGUUUGUGGACUGGGUAAGUGUGCAGCAGAUUUACCGUCAAAAUGAACAUGUUAGGAUAUGACGAUGUCAGUUGGAGUUUUGUUUUUGUAAUUCAUUAUUUAUUUCUGGUGGUCAUUUUUGCAAAUAUAAAAAUAAUUAAGACAGCUAUUGCAUAAUAUAAAUGAAUUCAGCAAGUGCAUAAUAUAUAUACUGUAUAUAUAUUGGUCAGUUGUAGUCUAUUGCAUUGUUAUAAACUGUGCAGGUGCAGUUUGAAGGUCAUUGAUUUCAUUUUUAAACAUCUUUGCAGCAAACUAAAUUGGAUUUGUUAUUGUAGCCAGCAUAUAUUUUUUAUUUUCGUAUAAUUACUGUAUUUUGAUCAAAGUUAUUUUUGAUGAAUUAUCUGGUUGAAUGUGAGAAUUUAUCAUUAUUUUAUUAUUUCUCUUCAAUAACAGCAAGCAUUUGACAUUUGUGCAACACAUCUUUCUACUUAAAUAAUAUAUACUGAAGUACUUUAGUUGAAAUAUAUAAUAUAUAAAUAUAAUAGGUAUACUUGUACAUAAAACUACACAACCGAACUGAAUGUAUUGAUAACAAUAGCCUAUUCACUUGGAAAGGAAUGACUUAUGAAGUAACUUGAAUGUUGCAGCCAUCUCUAAAUUAUAACCAGCCAACAGCACAUACCUGCUUCUUGUCCUGAGUGGAUUUGUUCUUUUCUUUGCAAGUGUUAGCUUGCAUACCGUCAGAAAUCUAUAACUUAAUUAUAACUCACCCCUUUUGAUUUGAACACAUUUUUUCCUUCAUAUUAGCCUACAGUAUAUGAGAGAGUGUUAGAAUGUGGUUUGAUUAACCAUAAUGACCAACCUUUCAGGAUACAGGGGCCCCCAAAGUUAAUCCCCACCCAUCCUAAAGACACAGAUGUCUUCUUCAAGAAAAAAAACAUAACACUAUUGGGCACAGAUUAUCAAAUGAGCAACUUAGGUAAUUUUUUGUCCUUAAAUCUUAAUUUGCAGAAAAACAUGUACACUUAUUUUUGUAACAUAUUAGAAGGUAGACACUUGAAACUCAUUUUGAACAUAGAAAAUGUGGUGGCAAUUCAAAAAUUAAUCACCUUCCGGUAAGAAAUGAACAAAUAUAGAAGUUAGAGCUUUGUUGUUAUUUAAUGAAGAGACAGAAGUGUUCAACAGAACACAAAGUUUCUGUGAAAGAAAUAUGCUUAAAUUAGGGUUAUGCAUUUUUUUGCAAAUUAAGAUUUAAGGAUGAAAUAAUCAACUAAUUUGCAUUUUUCUUUUGGACCAAAAGUAUUGAAAUGGUGGAUAACCUUGUUUGUUAGCUUUCUGAUGAUCAGAGAACCGUACUGUUUAUUUUUGAAGACCAUAUCUGUGUCUUAAGGAUGAGUGGUAGAGGUACAUUUUGAGGGCCCCAGUCUCCCGAAUGCUUGGUCAUUCUGGUUCAUCAAACCACAUUCUAACACUCUCUCAUAGAAGUUGACAUGUAGGGAAAAAAAGAUUCAAAUUGAAAGGGAUGAGGUCAGAAUGUGAUUGAUCGCUGACGGAAUGCCCUCUCAUUGAAUACUUGGGGUUCUGCUUUACUGCUAACUAGUGAGGCUCACCUGGGAGGAUUGUAUGGGCUCAGCACUAUUGAUUGUGUGAGCUUCCCACAUUGGCACACACUAUACAGAACAACCUCCCUAUCACAGCAGGUCUGUUUAUCCAUUCACUGCUGCAGUCUCCUUAAAUGCCUUAAAGUACAAACACCAGCCCACCCAGUACCAGGCCCAUUUAAUAGCCUUGCAACCCUUAAUUUAGCCUAAAUGUAGAGUAGUAGCCCUUAUUUGAACUUAAAUAUAACCAAAUGCACGUUAGAUUAAAGAAUGAGGCUGCAAUUUUGUUUUAUAUUUUUAAUUUUUAAUCCACAUUUAGUGCUAGUGAGUAUUUGUGGCAGCAGGACAGUGUAUGUGGGAUUGAGUGAAAAUAAACUACAGUGUGUGUGUUGAUGGUAAUAAAGGAA